UGCCUCCUCUCGGCGGCCAUGGAGCUGGAGGUGCCGGAGGAUGCGGAGAGCGCGGCAGCCGCCGAGGCCGGAGCCGUCACCCCGGAGGCUGGAUGGGGGGGAGCGGACUCGGCAGCAGGUUCACCCAAUGUAAGAACAUAAGAAUGACCAGACUGGGUCAGACCAAAGGUCCAUCCAGCCCAGUAUCCUGUCUACAACAGUGGUCAAUACCAGGUGCCCCAGAGGGAGUGAACCUAACAGGUCUGGCACUGAAGAAGAUGGCCCUCACUGAGGUCCCAUCAUUACCAGGACAGCCUGGAGUUGGCCAAGGAAAGAAGAUAGGUCAUCGAGGAGUUGAUGCUUCCGGCGAAACUACCUACAAAAAGACCACUUCGACCACUCUGAAGGGGGCCAUCCAGCUGGGCAUUGGUUACACGGUGGGGAACCUGAGCUCCAAGCCAGAGAGAGAUGUCCUGAUGCAGGAUUUUUAUGUGGUGGAGAGCAUUUUCUUCCCCAGUGAAGGAAGUAACCUCACUCCAGCUCACCACUACCCUGACUUCAGGUUCAAAACCUAUGCACCCGUGGCUUUUCGGUACUUCCGGGAGCUUUUUGGAAUUCGUCCAGAUGAUUAUUUGUAUUCGUUAUGUAACGAGCCUCUGAUCGAACUGUCGAACCCUGGUGCCAGCGGCUCCCUCUUCUAUGUCACCAGUGAUGACGAGUUCAUUAUAAAAACUGUGAUGCACAAGGAAGCGGAAUUCUUACAGAAACUUCUUCCUGGCUACUACAUGAACCUGAACCAAAACCCACGGACCUUGCUGCCAAAGUUCUAUGGACUGUACUGCGUUCAGUCGGGAGGCAAGAACAUUCGGGUGGUGGUGAUGAACAAUAUCCUGCCCCGGGUGGUGAAAAUGCACCUCAAAUUUGACCUGAAAGGUUCAACCUACAAACGCCGGGCAUCCAAGAAGGAGAAGGAGAAAUCCAGCCCCACUUUCAAGGACCUGGACUUCAUGCAGGACAUGCCAGAAGGCCUAAUGCUGGACACAGACACCUUCAGUGCGCUGGUGAAAACGCUGCAGCGAGACUGCUUGGUGUUGGAAAGCUUUAAAAUCAUGGACUACAGCCUGCUGCUCGGGGUGCAUAACAUAGACCAGCAAGAAAGAGAGCGGCAAACAGAGGGAGCCCAGAGCACGUCUGAUGAGAAGCGUCCCGUUGGGCAGAAGGCACUUUACUCCACAGCCAUGGAGUCCAUCCAGGGUGGGGCUGCUCGGGGGGAGUCCAUAGAUACAGAUGACACAAUGGGAGGAAUCCCAGCCGUGAAUGGCAAAGGAGAGCGCCUCCUGCUGCACGUGGGAAUAAUAGAUAUCCUUCAGUCCUACAGGUUCAUCAAGAAGCUAGAACACACUUGGAAGGCCCUUGUCCAUGAUGGGGACACGGUGUCAGUGCACAGACCCAGCUUUUACGCAGAGAGAUUCUUCAAAUUCAUGACCAACACAGUGUUCCGAAAGAAUUCCUCUCUGAAAUCAUCUCCAUCUAAGAAAGGGCGUAGUGCCUUGUUAGCUGUCAAGAUGCCUGGCCCAACAGCUGCAUUUUCAGCUAGCCAGAUCCCCUCGGCGAGGGAUGAAGCCCAGUAUGAUCUCCGAGCCGCCAGGAGUUACCCCACGCUGGACGACGAAGCAGGAAGGCCAGACCUGCUACCCUGCACUCCCCCUUCCUUCGAAGAAGCAACCACAGCCUCCAUAGCAACGACGCUCUCUUCAACAUCGCUCUCUGUUCCUGAGCGGUCUCCCUCGGAGACCUCUGAGCAGCCCAGGUACAGGAGGCGCACACACUCCUCAGGGCAGGAUGGCAGGUCUCACGAGGAGGUUCGGGUUGAGGAGGAACUCAAGCAGAUAACCGUAGAGCUGGAAAGCAAAUGUGACGUUGAGAUCGUAGCUCCUGAGGAAGACGACAAAGGGCAAGCAGCCCCUUCAGCCUGUGCCAUUGCAACAGCCACAGCUACAAUCGAAGUGGAAACAGCCAGCCAGGCCUCGGAACCAGCCAGCCAGGCUUCAGAUGAAGAUGAUGUGCCAGUCGCAGACAUAUACUUUUUCACGGAUGGGAGGUACUGGAUUUACUCUCCCCGCCAGCGCAGACUCCGAGCCGCCUCGUUUUCCUCUGGGACUCCUACAGACGAGAGGAGUUGGGUUUACUCCCCCCUCCACUAUAGCACUCAAGUCCACUCUGUCUCCGAUGAGGAGAGCGAUACAUAAUCUCUAUGCAGACACUGAAGACCCAGAGAGCAGCGUUUCCCUCUGCAGGUUGAUGUGUUCCCGUUCGUUGACACAGUCCUUCUGAUGGGAUGGAGAAGAGCUUGCUGCACUGCUGGAUCUGGGCACUGCGUUUCAGGCUGGGGCGCAACGCUCUCUAAACGUGUAUUUAUACCUAUCCGAGACACGGACAGCAAAGACACCUCCCACCCAGAGCGCCUGUGUAAAGCGGGCUGUAAAGAGGCCUGGGGAGUGACUGUUCCUGAACAGGCACCACUGCAGCUACCUACCCGUGUGUGAUACUGUGAACCUUUUUAAUUUUUAAUCAUGUAUUUAUUUCUUUUAUCUUUGCACAGACACUGCACAAAUGUGCUUUUUUUUUUUAAACAUUUAGUUUACUGCACUUUUUUUGGUUAUCAUAUUCUAUUUAUGUGCUUCAUCAAGAGUGUGAAACCUCACAGGAGACGGAGAGCAAAUCUUCACUUGGGGGGCUCUGAGGAGGGCAGGUCCAGUCCUAGCUUCACCGAUGAGGUGGCCAUGUGGUCUGACCCCCAGACAACAGGACUGGGAAUCAGGAGGCCAGACUCUGUGUGACCUUGGGCAAGUCACUUUGCUGCUCUGUGCCUCGGUUUCCACAUGUGUGACUGCGGGUAAUACCCACCUGGACCCUCAGAUGAAAGGUGCUAUGUAAAUGCAAUGUAUUCAAGGCCAGUGAUGAGAAUGGCUCCUGUAUUAAAGCAGUCUGAGUUAGACAUGCCACUUGAUCUGAAUUUAGAAAUUGCCAGUGACUGCUACAGUGAACUUGUUGAUCUGUAUGGGAGAAGCAAAAACACCCCUGGCUGUAAUGACAUGGCUUCUUGGCCUGGCUCUCGUCUGGGUGUUGGAGGUGGUGGGGGCUCUGCCUUCACCAUGAGCUGUGCUGCUCGGUGGUGGGCUGGAGUUCUGCCCUGAUCUGCUGGCAGACUGCUGCCUCAGCCAUGGGGCGUGGAAGGAGGAGAACUGUGUGACCUGCAGCUGGGCAUUGCAGGCUAUUGAAGUCACUUAGAGUCACGAACAUGCUGCUGCUCUCUGAUGCUUAAGCGUGUGAGCGUGUCAGAGGUUUCUGUGUAUCCCUUCAUAGCUGAAACCGACACGCCACCCUUCCCCCAUAUUGAAGGAAGUCAGAGAAUCCCAGCUGGAAGCGUCUGUAUUGGGCAUGUGACACACACGCUAUUGACGCGCAGCCAGGGGAGGCCAGCUGUGGGAUGUGGUCUCUGAGGCAGAUAGCGCUGCUCUGUGCUUGAGAGGCAUCUGUAGACCAGACAAGAUUUGGCUUCACUUAACCAUGAAAUGAACAAAGCAGUGACCCGGGGUUGACUUCUAGUUCCUCCUUGUGAGUGUAGGAUACUGCAGCUGUAGGUCCUGACUUCUCUAGUGAGCCCACCUCCUCUCUCAUGAAUUAGAAAGUCUUGACCGCAGAGAGGGCUUGGGCUUGUCUCUGUCCUCCUUGGACUCUAGUGUAAAGUGAGGGGCAGAGAUCACUUUUUAAUGCGGUUACGUUCUUCAGACCUCUGUUCUCAAGCUGCCCUGUGCAGCAGCAGUGAGAGGAUGGCCCCAGGCUAAGCACUGAAGAACUGGUACCGCAGUCUGGCCUGGCAGCACUCGGGACAUAUUGGGGAGGCAGGUUGGGUCGGUGGGAGUGUCUAAGCUUUUUUCCCAGGAGCUGCCAAUGUUCUGAAGAUCUUCAGUGGAUGACUUUCUCUUCCUUUUUUAAAUACCCAGAGCCUGCGUUUUCAAUCCCUGCCCUGCGGAGGCUGAAGACUUGCACUCCCAGUGUGUGCCGGGCUUUGUAGGAGCCAUUACACUGUUGGGUCUAGAAUAUCCUUUCUUUGGAACUCAUGUGGGUUUAAAAGAACCCCUCUUUUCUCCUUAAUAGCUGUGAAAACAAAGAUGCUGUCAUUACAUCCAUGAGUCAGGUGGCGAAUCUGCUACAGAAUUCUGGCAGGUUCCUAAAAGCUUUCUCAGAAUCCUACAUAGCCCCUUCUCUCAUUACAUACAGGUGGAGGUACCGUCACUUGGGUAUUUGGUGGUAUGUAGUGCUCAGCCCAGGCCCACCUGGCGGUCUUCUCUCCGAAGAGAAGGCUGGGCGAAGGAGCUUGGGAGGUGAACAAUGCAUAGACUCCGCUACUGCUGAGUGCUAAAGGCAGAAGAUUUCAGAACCCAGCUAAAUGUACAGCGCGACUUUUCAGAUGCACUGAGCAGUUCGAAGUCCAAAUGAAGCCAGUGGGAGCUGCAGAUGCUCAGCCCUGUGACAACCAAGCCCCCGAUUUCAACAUCGGGUAAACUAGGCUUUGGGAGGAGCAAUGAAGAUGAGCUAGGCCCAUUUCUGACCAGUAUUUCAGGGCUCUGAAAGGAAGAUGCUUCCUUCCUGGUAAUCAGAUCCUUAGCCUUAUGCCUUUAAAAGAAGAUGCUGAAGUUUGGCACUUCUGAUUGCCCAAGAAUAAAGAUCAGGAUUUUAUUACUUUCAACCAUUUGGAAGAUCUCUGAUUGGUUUAUCCAGUACACCUACUCCAGUCAGUAUCUCUGCGGCAAAGACAAAGCAUCUUUGGUGAUGAAGUUUGCAGCUGUGGCGUUUCCUUGGUCUGCUCCCACAUUAGAGGCUGAAGCCGAGAGCCCUGUCCUGUGAUGCUGGAAAACUGAUCUUGCUUCCUCCAUUCCAGAAGUAUUCCUUGAUGUUCUCGAGCAGCUUCAUCUGUGUAAAUCUCUUGUUUUCAACCCUUUGCAGCAAGCAGGCAUUUUAGGGUCUAUUAUUGACUCUGAACGUCUUCUAAGGAUUCAGCUUCUCUGGACAUGCAAAAGAACAUUGCCAAAAAACCCUUCCCCGGAGCCGCACUGCAGGAAGAGAUGGUCAGAAAUAAACCAUAUUGUUCACUUGCAGUCCCAUUGUGCUCUGUUGUCUUGUCUGUUACAAGUUGCCCUGCAGGAGGCUUAAACUCCCAUUUCUAUAAUGGCAGAGGCACCUGGCUGAAGGAAGGGACCCGUCGGGUGUGUCUACAUUGCAGUUAGACACUGUGGUUGGCUCGUGCCAGGAGCUGUUUCACUGCAGUAUAGAUGUUCUGGCUUGGGCUGCAGUCCAAGCUCUGGGACCAUCCCACCUCACAAGGUCCUAGAGCCUGGGCCUCAGCCGAAGCCUGAACGUCUACACUGCAGUUAGCCUCACAAGCCCAGGUCAGCUGGCGCAGGCCAGCCAUGGGAGUUUAAUUGCAGUGUAGACAUACCCUUGCGCUCAAAACAGGCUCCUCUUCCAUCAAUUGGACUCUUAUUUCCUGCCUCCUGGACUUCAGCAUAGUAGUUUUGCAAGGCUUAAUCCUACAGUAGGUGGCAUGAGGGAGCUCCACACUUCCAGAUUUGGACUGAGGAUAGCGGUCUGCUACUGUCAGUUACCUCUAGGGAUGACACAGCCACUUCCUUUGGGGACGGGGAGGAGAGGGGUUGCAUCACUCAAUUCUGCCCUAGAUCUACGGUGAGGCUUUGCACUGGGGGGAGGGAAGUGUUUGUAGAAUUUCUCAGGGGCCUCUCUCAGAGACUGUUUGAACAGCAGUCAUUCUGCUUCGCUCCAGCAUGAGCCGGCGCUGUCCUACGUCACAUUCGUUCUUGGGGUGGUAUGAAAGUGGCACUCUUACAUUUAUUGUACCUACCAGGAUUUUCAUUGUUAGCUUUGCUGUAGCUGACAGUUUGCUUACGAGCUAUCACCUGUUUCAAGAUCUAGUCUAUUGUAUCUUGGAAAGGAGGCAUCUUGUUUCUUUUCCACUGAAAUGUUAGUGGAACAAUCCAGUGAGACCCUAGGCUUCAAAGUAGCUUCAUGUCAUUACUGUCCCACCAUCAUCCCUGCAUCCUGCCUCUCUCACCUGCUCAAAGUGUGAAGUCAUUGCUUCUACUACGGCUGUUUCUGAGCUCUGGGGUAGGGGAUUCCAAGGGGAAGGUCUCGUGCCAGACUACAGGGUGCAGAAUGCACACAGGAGUGUAAUUAAGACCCCACUUCAAUAAAGAAAUGCAAAAUGUUGACUGCCAAGGUGGCCUCUGGGCUGUUACUUGCUGGGUGUUCCAUCCCAAGUCUGAGCCUUUCUUGAGCUGCUCCCGGGUGGGAGAAGCCUCAGUGUGAAUGAUUCAGCAGGCACACCACCAAAACAAACUCCACUCCACUCCACUCCAGUGUGUUCAUUUGGGCCCUCUCCAGAGGGAACAGGAGUAACAGCUUCUCCGGAGAAGACUCCAAAUGUGCACGUUCACUGAAAACGAACAAACUGCAGAGACUGGUGCUCCAGAGAGACUCCUGGAACUCUCCAAAGCCUCAGGCUCUGCUAGGAGUCCGGGAUCCAUAGCUGUAUCCUUUACUGCUGCUAGCAGUGUCUCUGCAGGUAUCCUGCUGUCACGCCCCCGCCACUAUCAUCUGGGUGCGUGUGUCGAAAUCCCACAAAAGAUUUAAUCUCCGCACUGAAGCUGGCAUGGCUGUGAUCCUUGAUGGCAGCAUGAGAGAGGGCACAAGCUCUGUGCUUGUCCCGGUCAUCAUCAGCCAGUUGACUCUUGAAACACGUUCCAGCCUUUCCUUGUAGCAAAGAGCCUUCCCUGAGCAGCUAAACCCAGCCCUGGUAUCUUUUCUUCACGCUCCCACCCAGCAGCAUGGCCCACGGCUUUCAAUGGAGAGGAGAGCUCAGACUUACUGGAUCAUGUCUGAUUUGUUUGAAGUCUACAUUAGACCAAGUAUAAUAUAGCUGCUGUGCAUAUUAGGUCAUUUUGUAUGUGUGCUCCAUGUAAAGAAUGUAUGUAAGUGGGGGGCGGGGGUUGUGGGGAGGGAGUCGGGAGAGCUUCUCUGAAAAAAAUGAUGAGACUCCAUGGAUGUUGUCAUGUUUCUCUUUUUUUGUUUCAGUUUAAGUCCUGAAUGCUUUUUUGGAAGUCUUUUCUCAGAGAAAUGUAAAUUGAUGCUAAUUGUUCUUCGGCUGUGCGAUAAAGCAUAAUGUCGUCUUUGAUGUAAACACAGAGGCAAGCAAACUAUUUAUAAUGUCUGGUGAAUUAAUUGCCUUACCCAAAACCCCAUGGGAAUGGUUCCUAAAAAUAGUUUCCCUUUUUAGUGUAAAGAAUUUUGUAAAUCCUUUCAGCGUGAGAUUGCACUCCUAGUUUGUCUUGUCUCUCUGAUGGCUGCUAUUGCUCAGAAAGUGGACACUGUUUGAACGAUUGUACUGUAUUAAAACUAAGGCAUUUUGUGAGACAAUUGAGAUGCAAUGUUCUCUUGGAAUCAUGAACUUAGCUCAAAAGGCAAUACUCGUGUUAAUAGCAGAGUCCUCUCCCGUCUGUUGGAGACGUUUCCCACAGUCGCCUGUGCUCAUUCCUGACUCCCAGAGAGAGACACUGCUGCUUUUGUGGAGACUUGGGUUUGUAGCUCAAGUUGAUUGGCCAUUAGCUCAAGUUGGCUAAUAGGUUUGUAAAUAUGUGGCCAAUCCACACAUUUGUGUCCUGACCCACCUGUGACGUACCCACAGUCGCCCUCACGGACGGGUCGGCCAACUCAACUCAACUCGCAGUGAGUUAACUCGCAUUAAAGUCUGACCAAGGCAAAACCGGUUUUGUUGUUAAAUUGCAUCGAGGUCAAUCUUCUCUCAUGUUUUACUUUGUAACUUAUGAAACGUUGUAUGUCCUUAACUAUUGAAGCAGGUUCCAGUAGAACUUUUGAGUCCGACAAUACUUUGACAAUCUCUACGCUUUUUUUUGUCGAGGGGAGAGCUGUACCUUUGAACCCAGAGCUGUGGAAUUUCUGUAUACCAUGUACAACCACCUCUGACAAGAACUAAUAACACUUGUAUGCAACAGCCUCCUCAUUCUGUGGCCCCUUCUCCCCCUUCCUUUAUUUUGGAAAGGAUCUCUCUAAUAAAUAGAGUAAUCAUGCAA